UACGACCAGUCACGGAUGAGGUCACAGGAGGCACUAGUCGGAAGCCCACAGCAAGAGCCAAAAGAGCAAUACUAGCUAGCUAGUAGAGCAAUCGUCAAAGAGGAAGCAUCCUUGUGGUAACGAAGCUUUGUGGUGCUUGAUGAGAUUGUUACCCUAUCUGCCCUGUAGUAUAAGAGAGUUAUACCCCAUUAGAAAGGUUUGGUAGCUUUGGACACAGCUCGUCAUCCCUCUGUUGUCGCCCUCGAGCACGAAGAACCCGACAAUCCGCUGCCCCAGAUCCCUUCAAGAAGAAGAUCCACAAGAUUUGCCCUUCUCUCUGUUGGAUUAUUACCCCAGUUUGAUUGGACAGAGCAAGCUCAAUUUUUUGAACUGCAUAGGGAUCUUCAGGAUAUCUCCUCCUCUUCCUCUAGAGUACCGAGGAUUGGUUGUCUAACGCCCUGAAAUAAAAGCACCACCACCAUGGCGGCCAAGAAACCAGUCAAGUUCUUUUGGACGCACUUGUCCAGCCGCAAAGAUGGCAAAGAGAAGGAUGGAGUCAUCAAGCUGAAAGUACCGUCACAAACACAUGUGUGGAGACACACAGACGAAGAUGGCUCAGUCAACAAUAGCCCCUAUUACUUCCGAAAGGUUGCCGGAGACUUUGAGGCCACCGUCAAGGUAACGGCCAAAAUGUCCACAUGGCUAGACCAAUGUGGGAUCCUUCUACAAGAAAAAAGAGGAAUCUACACCAAAGUUUCACUGGAAUAUCACGAGCCACCGGAUGGCGGUGAGAGUGGAUUGAGGACGUUUGCUUGCUGCUAUGUCCAUCCAGAAGAAUGGCAGUUUGAGCGAUCGCUGAGUCCAUAUCCGGGACAAUUUCAUCGUGGUGAUCCAAAAUAUAGUCACGCAAUGCUCGAUGGUGGUGCCAACAAAGUAUGGCUCAAAUUGAGCCGCUUGGAGGGAUAUAUUGAAGCCAACUACAGUCUGGAUGGAGAAGACUGGCAGGAGCUCAAGGCUGCAAAAUUCUCGGAUGCAGAAACACUAAGCAUCGGAGUCUUUGGAGCUUCUCCAGGAGGGGAUACCACGGGUUUUAAGUGCUCCUUUGAAAACUUUGAAGUGGUGGAGGAUGAGGAUGUUAGUGAAAGUGAAGAGGAAGAAUUACCGGAGGAGGAAUCCGUUGCCGAGGAGGAAGAAGCUGAAGAAGAAGUUGCCGAGGAGGAAGAGGAAGAAGUCGAAGAAGAAUUUGAGGACUACGAAGAAGAAGAAGGUGAAGUAGAAGGAGAAGAAGAGGAAGAGGAGUUUGAAGAUUACGAAGAAGACGAGGAAGAGCUGUCGCAAGGGGAGGUCUUCGAAGGCUCAAAACUGGGUGAACCUCCUAGCUUAGGGAUAGCAGGUAUGGACUCAGAGUCUAAUUUUGAAGCAUUCGAAGAUUUCGAAGAUGAGGAUUCGGAAUAAGACAGAGUGUACAGCACGACCAGGCACCAAAACUCAAAAUUUGGCCGCUGGUCAGUCUCUGCUAGCAAGCAACAAUAUCUGGAGAUCCCUGGUCGAUUCGGACGAUCGCAAAUCGAUCAGAGUGAUGGCACCUUGAUUGAAUAUGGAGUGUUUCUUCAUUUAGCCCGAUGUUGUGUGGCCUUGUUGCGGGUUAAAUUCGACAGACGAGAGAGGGCUGAUCAUUUGCUAGACAUAAUAGUGGCAUGUAAUAUGUACUGUAGAAUAGUUUGGUGGAUGCGGCUACCGGUUCGGGAAUCCAGGCCCAGGGAAACAGUUCGAUGCCGCUAACGUUUAGUACGAGUCGAAUUGUGAGGUCGUGGUGCUCUGGCUAGCUAUAUGCUA